AUGACCGACUCACCAGCUUACCGCUUCCCUCUCGAUGCCCAAGAACAACCGAUCCUCGACCGCAUCCUGAACAUCCGCGACAACCUCAGCCUGCUAAAACAAGAUCGAAGCACCCACAUCAAAUCCCAAGAUGUCGUGCAAUACUACAACGAAGUAAUGGAGCAAGUCGACAAACUAAAUGCGAUCCGCGAGACCAAACGCGACGAACAAAACCGUGUCGACACCGUGCUAGACGACUGCUUCCAGCUCAUCUCCCUCUUCUUCCUCACCAUCGGCCGCAACUCGGAAGCUCCCGCCGUCUACAGCGCUAUUAGUACUGUGAAACGGCUACUGGAUCAUCUGAAGGAGGCGGGCUUCUACAGCCAGAAGGAUCUGGAGAGUAUUAACCAGCACAUUCAGCAAUGGCGGGCGAGUGUGCGGCGGGGCAAGGAUACCUUUAGCGAUUCCUUACUGACGCUGUUGGAUGCGAGGAUCGAUGUCUGUGUGCACAUUCUGCAUGAGUUGCAAAAUCAUUUGAGUCGGUUGGAUCCGGAGAUGAUGGGGACGUAUGAGAAGUUGGUUAGCAUACUCAGGUCGCUGUCGGCUUGUAAUACGCGGUCGAAGUUCCCAUCGAGAGAGGUCAAGGAGUUCGAACAGCAAUUGUUGGAAAUUCAGGAACAGCUCCAUGAGUCCAAGAUCACAUACGAAGGCAAGACCGCCGAGCAGGUGUACGCGGAACGCUUAGGACAAAUGAGCUUGACCGAAGGCGAAGUAUCAGAUGGUCCGACUGUUGUCCGCGCACUCCUCGCAAGAUGUCUCCUCUGGGUCGAGAUCAUCCAGGAGAAAAACGGCAAGAUCGACGACCGCUUCCAAGAAACCUACGACAAGCUCCUCAAGAUCCGCAACACCCUCGAACAAAUGAACCUCACCCACGCCUGGUCCCUCCGCGAAACAGACCUCUACUCCUACCAACGCCAACUCGACCGCAUAGACGCCGCUCGCAUAUCCGGAAACUUCCUCGAUGCCGAAGGCCGUCCCGCUGAUCUCCAUGCGCAACGCACACUCCUCUACCUCAUGCGCAAGAGCUACGCCUACGUCUACCAAUACAUCGUCUCCUCGGAACCCGUGUCGGAAGCCUUACUCCCGAUCUACAACCAGCUCCUCACGUUGAAAAGAUGUCUAGUCGAGGUCAAGAGGUCCGGGGGCGUGGAUUCCCCACGCGAAUUGUAUCCGUAUUCGAUGAAGUUGAAUAGUAUUGAUAAUAUGAAGAAAGAUGGGAAGUUCAUGGUUGGGAAUGAUAUCCCCGAGGGCCAGGCGAGCGUGACGGCGUUGUUGGCCGAGUGUUUUGAGUUGGCUUAUGAGUUGAGGGAGGAGAGUCAGAGCCAUGAGGAGGAAGAGGCGGGUGGGAAGGUGGAGGGGGUCAAUGGAGUGCAGGUGGCUGGGUAG